UGUGUGUGUAAUUUUAUAUUAUUAUUAUAAUGCAAUAUAGCAUAAAAUAAUGGAACUAAUUAUGUUUUCUAAUCAUAUUGCAUUUUUGAAUAAGGUGUGUGUACAACAUGUAACCAUAUUUAAUUAUAUAUGAGUGCUUGCCUUUUUUCCUGAUAUUCCCAUAACUUGGGCAGGUGGACAAAUGCAUCAAAGUGGAUACUCUGGAAGCCAUUCUGUGUAUGGUGGUGCUGUCUAUGUACCUAAUUUGUUCUGUUUCAGAUGUGAAGUGUUACCCAUCACUCGCAAAUAGAGGAGGUUAUCUUCUAGCAUUGCUCUGCACUAAUAGUGACAAUGGCUUUGUACACAUCUGAUUGGACGCCCAUUAGUGAUGACACAUUCUUCAGGCGUCACGAGCUGUACCCCAUGUCGUGGGCUGAGUGUGUGUGGUCGGAGCGCACGCUGGUCUGCGUCGGCAGCUCCGGCGGCCCCAUCGCCGUCUGUCGUGAUGUCACCAAUUCAGCCGUGCCCAUCAUGAUCUACAACGGCGCUGGCGAGAGCCUGGGCCUGGCCAAGUGGAAUGGCGAGCUGGUCGGCGCCGGCUGGAGCGACGACGAGCGUCUCGUGCUGGUGGACGCCGCCGGCCAGGUGUCCAUGUACGACAUGUUCGGCCGCCUGGAACACACGCUCAGUCUGGGCCAGGAGGUGAAGAAGUACACGGUGGCCUCGGCCGAGGUGUUCCUCAGCCAUCAGGGUACGGGGCUGGCCGUGCUCUGCAAGAACCACCGUUUCUACAUGACCACUUCACUGGACAAGCCGCUGGUGAAGAAGCUGCCGGAGGCCACUGGUGGCAGCGCAGCGCCCAGCUGCUGGGCGGUGACAGCCGGCCGCUACCGAUCGGCGCUGCUGGUGGCCAAGGGUCUGGAGAUCUCCCUGCUGGAAGCAGACUCCAAGGCUCAGCCACUGCCGGCGCCACUGCCGUCGACCGCCCAGCGCGUGACGCAGCUGGUGACGAACCGGGCCGGUGACCUGCUGGCCCUGCUCACCGACACCGGCCAUCUGGUGAUGACGUCAUUGGACCUGCGCCAGGUGUUCUGCACCGUCGACACGGACGUCCGCCAGCCGGCCAAGCAGCUGGAGUGGUGCGGCUCGUACGCGGUGGUCGGCUACUGGCAGAGCCGGUUGCUGGUGGUGAGCCGACGCGGCGACACCAUCACCUACUCGCUGGACGCCCCCGGCCGACUCUGCUCCGAGAACGACUGCAUCCGUCUCGUCACCGCCUACAGCCACGAGCUCAUCGAACAGGUGUGGAGCGACUCUGCGGCCGUGUUCCGCAUCGGCUCCAUGGACCCGGCCGCCGUCCUUCUGGAGACCUACCGCGAGUACGAGAAACGCAGCCACCGCGCCGACGAGUACCUGCGCAUGAUCUGGAACCAGCUAAAGCAGGCCGUCACGUCGUGCGUAGAAGCGGCCGGCCAUGAGCAUAGUGCCGAGCUCCAGAAGCUGUUGCUCAGGGCGGCUCAGUACGGCAAAAGCUUUAUCCCGGAGCUGAUGGAUCCGGAGCCGUACGUCUCCACGUGCCGGUAUCUGCGCGUGCUCAACUCGCUGAGGCACCACAGCCACGGCAUGCCGCUCACCAUGGGGCAGCUGCGCGAGAUGCCCGUCUCGAUGCUGCUGGACCGUCUGAUGCGCCGGCGGCUGCACUUCCUGGCGCUGCGCGUGUGCCGCCACCUGGAGGUGCCGCGCGCCGACGGCGAGCGUCGCGUUCUUGAGGCCUGGGCCAAGCACGUGGUGGUGGCCGCCGGCGCUGACGGCGCGGACGGCAAGCACGUGGCGCGCGAGAUCGCCGACCGGCUCGGCACCCAGUCGGGCAUCUCGUUCGCCGACGUGGCCAAGACGGCCAUCGAAGCCGGCAAGCGCGGCACUGCCAUCCAGCUGCUGGCGCUGGAGCAGCAGGCGCGCCGCACCGUGCCGCUGCUGAUCGACCUCAACAUGUGCGACGAGGCUUUGCAGCGCGCCGCCGCCUCGGGUGACCCGGGCCUGGCCCACUCGGCCCUGUUGCAGCUACGCGACGCCAGGGGGCGCGCCGAGUUCCAGAUGCUGAUAAGGAACUAUCCGCUGAUGCAGUCUCUGUACGUGAAGUAUCUGCGCGGCCGUGGCCAGACCGAGCUGCUGCGGGACACCAUGAUCCAGGAGGACGACUUUCAUGGCCAAGGCCUGCUACGGGUCAGGGAGGCCUACCAAGAGACAAGGGUGGACCUUCGCAUAUCACAUCUAGUCGCCGCCCAGGACUGCUUCAAGAAAGCAAAAAACGAUUUCUUCGCCACCCAGACUGAGGACCAGCACAAGCUGCUGAAACGGCAGUCAAACCUGGAGGAGAAGUUUAACCGGGAGUACGUGGGGCUCUCGCUGCACGACACCAUCAGUCGGCUCAUCCUGUACGGAGAGCUGAAGCUGGCCGACAGCCUGCGGGCCGAGUACAAGAUCUCCGACAAACGUUUCUGGUGGACCAAACUUCUGGCGCUAGCCGAGGCCAGUCAGUGGGUCGAACUAGAGCAGUUUGCCAAGAGCAAGAAGUCGCCCGUGGGAUACGAGCCGUUCGUGGAUGCGUGCAUGGAGCACGGCAACCUUCAUGAGGCGAAGAAGUACCUGGCGCGGGUGGCCGACGACAAGAAAGUCAAGUACUACGCCAAAGUCGGGAACCUAGAGGAGGCAGCCAGGAUCGCGCACGAGCAGCGCGACCGACAGGCGCUGGCUUACGUGGAGAGUCUGUGCGGCAACAACAACCGGGCGCUGCUGGAGCAGAUCAGCCAGUACCGGCAGGCGCUCAAGCCGUAGCGGCACGGCACGGCACGGCACGGCAUGCCGCGGGCGGGGCGGCGGGCGCCGGUAACCGAUGACGCAGGUGUGGAUGACGCAGGACGCGCAUGCUUACCGCCUCUGCAGACGACUUAUCGUUCAGUUUGUUUCUGUGGAGAACCCCACCGUAGCUCCAGCGUGGCGCUGUUUUGGGCAGGUUGCCCGAAGUGUAAGUGAAGACAGUUGGCCCUCCGCCGCAGUGUGCAGGGCAAGUUAUGGAAUACUUUGUUUAUUGCAUGAUUGUGUCGUACUAUGGCGACAUGAGAAGGAAAUAUAUCAUAGAAUAUACUUGGGACGCUUCAUGUCGGCAUUGCAUGCUACGCACUCUAAAGCAGAUUUGCGCCCUGGAAAUAUCCUUCAUCCCCCUUUCGCUAUCCCUCCCCGCCUCGAACGAAAGGAGGCAUGCAAACGCUCCACACCAGUGGCGAAGACAGGAUUUCGUCCAGGUCAAUUUUAGUCACAGAGGCCCUUCCGGUCGAUGGCCCCUUCGAUUGUGCGGGCGUUUUGGCACCAAAAACGUGUGCCUAGCUUUUCCGGUGCCUGAGAAGUGGUGGUUUUUUAGGAACGCUGCACGGCGAUCUACAGUCGACGAUUCCGAUCGACAGCCGACAUUCCAUUCCGAUUCCGCGCGCGGCUGGUUGGCUUUUCAAUUAAAGCCCUGCAUCAUAACUAUAUCCUCAAAACACAAAAACUACACACCAUUGCACUUCGAAUCGAGCAAUGAACAAGGUCUUGCUGCCAAGGUUUUGGGUCGCUGCGGGGUCGUCGUGACGAGCGAAGAAGAAAAAAAUAUUCGCAAUCGUCUUACACAUACGAUUGCGUAAGGCUGAAAAUUCGACUUUGGGGUAAAUUUAACCCUUUCACCCACCUUGGUGGGGCCAAUUAUAGAACUAGCAACAACAAACUGAUUAAUAAUUAGGAGAUCUCGUAGGGACAAGUCCACUGUCUUUUCCACGAGAACCUUCGUUUGGAAACGGCAUGGGG